GUCCAAUGGGAGGCGGGAGCGGCGCGCCUGCGCAGCGGGCGCUCGGGCGGGCAGUGCGGCGCCGCUGCUGCUGAGCCGGAGGCGGAGGGGGAGCGAUGGAGCAGGGAUACGGCGGUUAUGGCACCUGGAAUACUGGGGCCACCAACACUCAAGGUACAUACGCGACAAAUGCGACGAGUUGGCAAGGCUAUGAAGGCUAUGACUAUUACAACACCCAAACCACUGCUGCUAAUACAGCGGCCACGUACAACUACGCCGCAGCCGCUGCCACCUCCAGCAGCUGGGAAACACCCAAAACUUCAGAUAUGAGCAUGAACGCCGACGUCAACGCCGCCAUGCCCGUCGCCUCGUACGGCGCCGAGACUUCAGCGAACGAGAAUUCGGAUUCCAUCAUAGCCAAAAUCAACCAGCGUUUGGAUAUGCUGUCGAAGGAGGGCAGCGGCGGAACAGGGGAAGGGAUGGAAGACCAGGAGAGCUCAUUCAGAUUUGAGUCUUUCGAAUCGUACGACUCGAGGUCUUCAAUGAACGACCGUGACAUGUACCGAUCCGGCUACGAUUAUGGAGAAGUCGGAACCGAUCGGAAUGAUUCCUUCGGGAGCCAGUUCGACAACCGCAGGGAUCAGUCUCGCAACCGGGGAAACAACUACGGCCUCAUCCGAGGACGGGGUCAAAACCGCGUUCAAAAUCGAGGGCGUCUAAAUGCUUUCAACCGCACCGACCACUUCAUGCCCUCCUCCAGCUCCGAGCGCCUCUCGGCUCGUUGGAAUGAGUUGAACUACAUGGGUGGGCGUGGGAUGGGGGGUGCCGGAUCCAACAGGCUCCCUUCCCUCUUUUCCCAAGCCCUCGUUCCCGACUACGGCGACUACGGCGACUAUGGAGAUUACGGCGACUACGGCGACUAUGGGGAUUACGGUGAUUAUGGCGACUACGGAGAUUACGGUGACUACGGAGACUAUGACUAUGGCAUGAUGGGGAUGUCGGGCAUGGGAAUGGGACGGUAUGGGAAUAUGCCGUACGGAAUGGGGAGGCAACGAAACAGAGACAGGAUGGGUACGGUGCCCUGGCACAUGAAUGCGCUCAUGCCCAAGAGAAGAGGUUUCCGAAACCGUUCAGGAGGGCGAUCGGAUGGCGAGGGAGGAGGACGCAAACGAAAACAGUCACAAAGCGGAGAUGAGCCGGACAGCAAACAGGCAAAGACCGACAGCGAAGGAGACGACACCGAGAACGCAGAUGAGGCCGAAGGAGAGGAAAAAUCAGGAGAUGAAGCUGACAAAGCAUCUGGAGAUGGCUGUGAAGAUGAUGAUGAGGAAGUGAAAAAGAAGAGGGAGAAGCAGCGGAGAAGAGAUCGGAUGCGUGAUCGUGCUAUGGACAGAAUCCAGUUUGCCUGUUCCGUCUGCAAGUUCCGCAGUUUUGAGGAAGAGGAGAUCCAGAAACACCUCCAGAGCAAGUUUCACAAAGAGACCUUGCGAUACAUCGGUACCAAACUCCCGGAUAAAACAGUCGAGUUUCUGCAGGAGUACAUCGUCAACAGGAAUAAGAAAAUCGAGAAGCGGCGCCAGGAGCUGACCGAGAAAGAGGGCACAAAACAGAAGCCGGAUCCUUUUAAGGGUAUUGGCCAGGAACACUUCUUCAAGAAGAUCGAGGCGGCUCACUGCAUGGCAUGCGACAUGUUAAUUCCUGCCCAGAACCACCUUCUCCAGAGGCACCUGCGAUCUGCCGAUCACAACAGAAACCGCAGGAUGGCUGCAGAGCAAUUCAAAAAGACCAGCUUACAUGUCGCCAAGAGUGUCCUGAAUAACAAACACAUCGUAAAGAUGCUGGAAAAAUACCUCAAGGGAGAAGAUCCCUUUACGGAUGAAAUUGGGGAUCAGGACGUGGAUGAAGCUUUGGAAGGCGGAGACGGCGCUGGGGAAGGAGCGACCGAAACCGCCGCAGUCGAGGUUGCCCAGGAAGGAGGAGGAGGAGGAGGAGGAGGAAUCGGGGAAGUUACGGAAGCGGCAGAACCUUCUGAAGAGUUUUCCAAACCUGAGGAAUUCCUUAAAAAUCUAGGGGAGCAAGAUCAGCCUCCCAAACCACUGCUGAUGCCCCCGUUCCUGCAAGACGACGAGCUGGAAGCGGAGGAGAUGACAUCAGAGGUGACGUCGGAAGCGACAGCCGCAGUGACGUCAGAAGCGGCGCCGCCGCCUUCGGAAGCAACGGAAGAGGUGCCCGCGGUUCCCGAAAAUCCCCAAGAAUCGGCGGUUUCCCCCCAAAAUGAAACUGAGGGUUGGGCAGGCAAAGAGGAGGAAGAGGAGGAAAACGGGAGCGAGGCGGCGGCUGUGGCCGGCUGCAGCGAGGAAGAGGAGGAGGAGGAGGAAGAGGCUCCACCAGCGGCUUCGGAGCCGCAACCGGAAUAACUGUGAAUAUUUGCGUGAAGGUGAUGGUAUAAUCCGUGAUUUUUUUUUUUUGUUUGUUUGAUUUCUUGUUCUUUUUCAGCGCAGCGCCCGAAGUUGUCCGAUUUUGAUUUUAAUUAAGGGGAGGGAACCCGGCUGCGUCGUUAAGGAGCAGCCGCAGCGCUUCAUUCAUCUCGUUAAGAUUAAUUUUGCUUCGUUUCUGCAAAUUCCUUUUUUGUUUUAGGACGAAGAGCGCAGGAAGCCGUACCUUCCCUGAGAAACCCUCCAGCUGCGGCUCCGCUUGGGGUUUUUUUUGUUUUGUUUGGGGUUUUUUGUUUUGGUUUUUUUUUUUUUUUUGGCAGGGGGGGGGGGGUGGAAUUUUAGAAAGAAAAAGGUGAAAAAAAGGAAAAAAAAAAAAAAAACACAACCCCCCCAAAAAAGCUGAGGUUUGGAAAAAUAAUAAAAGCAUCGAUUCGAUCCCAGCGGCUCGUUGGGUUUUAAGCGCAGCGCUAACGCCGGCGGGCCGGAGCCGUCGUCCUUCCCUCCUCCCUCAUCCUCCCUAACGCCUAAAAUACUCCGGUAGGGAAUUUUUAUUUGAUUAUUUCCCAAAAAGGAGGAAUUUUUCCUCUUGGGAAACGCAUUCGUUUUCAUCUCCCUCCGUUACGGCCGGAGAAUUUGGGUUGGUCAUUAGUUUACGAAGCAGCACCUCGAUUGUCUCUAGAAACGGGGCAGUCGGUUGCGCGGGGAUUCACUCUGAGCAAAGAAAAUUGUUAGCUUUUCCUUAAAAAAACCCUUUUUCUGGCAGAAUUUAGAGGUUGUGGCCGCACCCUCUGACUCCAAA